AUGGCUUCAAGAGAGACUUCCAAAUUCAAGAACCUGCCUCGCGCAGCCUCAGGGCCACUGAAAUGCCCAUACGAUGCCAAAACCAUCCUAAAAGACGCUCGAUUCAACAAAGGGUCCGCCUUCACCCACGAAGAGCGCAAGACCUUCAAUUUAUAUGGGAUGCUCCCACCAAAUAUCCAAACGCUGGAAGAGCAGGUCCAACGUGCCUACGAUCAAUAUAGUAGCCGGGCGGGGCCUCUGGCAAAGAAUACGUUCAUGGCAAGCAUGAAAGCGCAGAAUGAAGUGUUGUAUUACAAGCUUUUGCAAACUCACCUCAAGGAGAUGUUUAGUAUUAUCUACACUCCUACAGAAGGGGAUGCGAUCCAGAAUUACUCUCGCUUGUUCCGAAAGCCAGAGGGGUGUUUCUUGGAUAUCAGAGACCAGGAUAGUAUAGAUGAAUAUUUGUCGAAUUUCGGCAAGGAAGGGGAGAUUGAUUACAUUGUUGUGAGCGAUGGUGAGGAGAUCUUGGGAAUUGGUGAUCAAGGCGUGGGCGCCAUUCUCAUUUCAGUUGCGAAGUUGGUAAUUACCACGCUAUGUGCUGGGAUUCAUCCUUCUCGUCAACUUCCUGUUGUGCUGGACUGUGGGACUGAUAACGAGGAUCUGCUCAACGACGAUCUAUAUCUCGGUCUUCGACAGCACCGAGUGAGAGGCAAGGAAUACGAUGACUUUGUGGACAAAUUUGUUACUGCCGCCCGAAAACGGUUCCCUAAGGCAUUUAUUCACUUUGAGGACUUUGGUCUACAGAAUGCGAGGAGAAUACUCGACAAAUUCCAACCACAGAUACCAUGUUUCAACGACGAUAUCCAGGGAACCGGCUGUGUCACACUAGCCGCCAUGAUGGCGGCACUGCACGUCAGCAAGAUCAAGAUGGGAGAAGUACGUGUGGUAAUUUUCGGCUCAGGGACAGCCGGCACAGGAAUUGCAGAUCAAAUAGCCGAGUCUAUCACAACAGAGGCGCACAAAUCCAAGUCAGAGGCAUCCAAGCAGAUAUGGUGUAUCGACAAACCCGGUCUCCUCAUUAAAUCACUCGGCGAGAAAUUGACACCUGCCCAGGAAUCAUUCGCACGAGAAGACGAGGAUUGGCCUGCCGAUGAGAGUCGUGACUUACUUUCUGUGAUCAAGAAGGUUCGUCCACAUGUUCUUAUUGGAACAUCCACGAAACCAAAAGCAUUCACGGAGGACAUUGUCAGGGAGAUGGCUAAGCAUGUUGAACGACCGAUCAUCUUCCCACUCAGUAAUCCGACACGCCUUCACGAGGCUGAGCCGAAGGAUCUUUACGAGUGGACUGAAGGGCGUGCUCUGGUUGCAACAGGGAGUCCAUUUCCUCCUGUUGAAUAUGGGGGUGUGAAAUACGAUAUUGCGGAAUGCAAUAACUCAACUUGUUUCCCAGGCAUCGGUCUAGGCGCUGUCCUCUCCCGAAACAGGCUCGUAUCAAAGAAGAUGCUAGUCGCGGCUGUGAAGGCUCUUGGGGCACGAGCUCCUGCCCUCCAAGACUCGAAUGAGCCUUUACUUCCUGAUGUGGAGGAUGUGCGGGAUAUUAGCGUUGAUAUUGCCGCUGCUGUGAUCAAGUGCUCUAUGGAUGAAGGUCUCGCUCAGGAAGAAGAUAUUCCUACUAAAGAUUCGGAUCUGAGGGAGUGGAUUCAGGUGCAGAUGUGGGAGGCUAUCUAUCGGCCUCUGGUUAAGGCUUGA